AUGCCAAGUCCACGUCGAUCUCCCGACCGCGUCGAACGUGUGUGCGUGCGCGCCGCAGCCGACGCCGCAGCCGACAACAUCACAGCCGGAGACGUCACAGCCGACGACGUCACAGCCGACGACGUCACAGCCGACGUCACAGCUGACAUCAUCACAGCCGACGACGUCACAGCCGACGUCACAGACGACAACAUCACAGCCGACAACAUCACAGCCGACGACGUCACAGCCGACGACGUCACAGCCGACGUUGUCACAGCCGACAACAUCACAGCCGACAACGUCACAGACGACGACGUCACAGACGACGACGUCACAGUCGAAGUUGCCACAGCCGACGACGUCACAGCCGACAACGUCACAGACGACGACGUCACAGCCGACGUUGUCACAGCCGACGACAUCACAGCCGACAACGUCACAGCCGACGACGUCACAGCCGACAACGCGGCAGCCGACGACCAGCGGCAGCCCUCACGCUACAGCCGACGUCGUAUUAUUCAUAAUCGCUGA